CUCCCCUGUCUUGGCUUUCAGGAGCUCUCCGAGCCAGCUGCCUUUCCGUGGAACCCGACGCGAUGGACGACCGCCCAGGCUGGUCUACGAUAUAGAAUGGUAGCACACAGCAGUGUGACGCCCGAGAAUGCCAGAGCAUCAGAGCUGCGGCGGCAUCUGGAGCCACCUGCACGGGACCCUUCCUGGCCCCGAAUCCCCCGCAGCCUGGCCAGCCCCGACACCCACUUCCACGCCUUCCGCUCCCAGGCGGACUUCGGCAUCAUCGUCCGGGCCAGCGCCAUGCUGGAGGCGUGUGGCUUCUACUGGGGGCCGUUGUCCGUCAGCACCGCCCACGAAAAGCUCCGGAGAGAGCCGGUGGGCACUUUCCUCCUUCGAGACAGCCGGCAGAAGAACUGCUUCUUCACCAUCAGUGUUAAGAUGGCCUCCGGGCCCACCAGCAUCCGCGUCAUCUUCCAGGCGGGCCGCUUUAGCCUGGACGGCAGCAAAGAUGAUUUUGACUGUCUCUUCAAGCUGCUGGAACAUUACGUGACCUCGACCCGCAAAGUCCUGGUCACCCCCUUGCGCAAAGUCCGCAUGCGCUCCUUGCAGGAACUGUGCCGCAAAAGCAUCAUGACCGCACUCGGCACUGAGAAUCUAAGCCGGGUCCCCCUCAACCCGGUUUUAAAAGAUUACUUGGCCUCUUUUCCAUUUAAGUUAUGAAAAGUCUGCAUUAAACCUCCAUGAAUGAGUGAUAGGGGUCAGCGGAACUUUCAGCCUCCAGAGCUUGGGGGUU